AGGGUGGCCAUUCUCUGACCAAUGGUGGCCGUGGCCCCCCCUGGCCACCAAGUGGCCACGCCCCUGUGUGUGUGUGUGUGUGUGUGUGUGUGCAUGCAUGUACGUGACAUGUCUGUUACUUCUAAGUAUCAGAUGCGAGACAGCUGCUCUCCCAUCAGGUCCUCCGAGUCUCUCUCUCCCGAGUCUCUCUCUCCCGAGUUUAUCCCGAGUUUAUCCCGAGUUUAAUCUUUUCAUUUGAGUUGAUUUCCUGUCAGCAUGAUCCGGGUUGUGAUGGAACAUGCCAGAAAGCAUCCAGGGCUCAUCCCUCAGUUCUUCUUCAUCCUCCUGGGAAUGGGCGGAGCCUCCUUCUACCUCAUGCGUCUGGCUAAAGGACCUCACGUCACAUGGAAGCAUGGGAGUAACCCAGAGCCAUGGAACAACCUCAGCCCCAGCUACCAGUACAAGUUUGUAGCGAUCAACACAGACUACAAGAACCUCAAGAAGGAGGGCCCAGACUAUUAAGGCUCUGGUCCGCUUCCAUGGCAACGACUCCUGUUUGUCCCAUCUCUGCUUCCUGUCUGAAUGCUCUGACAUCAUCACAGGCAGGAAGUGACCUUGUGACCAGCUCCAGCAGACGGAACCUCUGAACCACCUCACUCAACUCACCUUCCGUGAAUCACUCCUGGCUCCGUGAAUCACUCCUGGCUCCGUGAAUCACUCCUGGUUCCCUGAAUCACUCCUGGUUCCGUGAAUCACUCCUGGCUCCGUGAAUCACUCCUGGUUCCCUGAAUCACUCCUGGUUCCGUGAAUCACUCCUGGCUCCGUGAAUCACUCCUGGUUCCCUGAAUCACUCCUGGUUCCGUGAAUCACUCCUGGCUCCCUGAAUCACUCCUGGUUCAGUUCAGUUCUGUUCAUAUCCAUCCAUUCAUGUCAGAUCAAUUGAAUCUUCAUUUAAUCAUAUUAAUGCCCCCCGUUUUCUACAGACCAUGUUUGAUCUGCCGUGGAUCUGUACUUCAUCAUGUUCUGAUUCGGCCCUGAUUCGGCCCCGAUUCGGCCCACAUUCGUCCAAGAUCUCUGCCAGAGUGAAGUGUUAAGUGUGUGUGGUGUGUGUGACGUACUGAGUGAAUGAUGUCUGGUGUUUUUAUUGUAUCCUGUGGAAAUGUCCACCCUAAUAAAUAUCAGCCCUAA